AUGUCUGACGAUGAACGAGAAAAAGAUAGUCUGGUCGAGGAUAAGUCAGAAGAAGACGAGAUAGAACAAGGGGAAAUUGAUGAGGGUGCAAAUGAGGAUGGACCAAUCGAACCAAUUGAUGGAAAUGAACCAGCACCCGAAGAAAAGACGGAAGAAAAGGCGGAAGAAGAAGCACCAACAGCAGAACCAGGAGAAUUUUCAGACAUGCCAAAAAAGAAAAAAAAGAAGAAGCCAGCUGAUUUAUCUGAAUUUGAAAAACAGUUAAAAGAAGGCGAGGAAGAAGAGAUAAAAGCUCAGGAAGAUGGCGGAGAUGUAUUCGUGAAUGAAGGCGAAGUGGAAGAAAAGGAAUCGCGUGAUGAAGAAACGUGGUUAGGCACAGACCGUGAUUAUACAUAUUCUGAGCUUCUAGGCAGAGUUUUUAAAAUUCUUCGACAAAAUAAUCCCGAAUUGGCCGGCGAAAAGAAAAGAUACACAAUUGUUCCGCCAUCAGUUCAUCGUGAAGGCAAUAAAAAAACUAUAUUUGCAAAUGUUGCUGAUAUUUGUAAAAGAAUGCAUCGACAACCAGAGCAUGUUAUUCAAUUCUUGUUUGCCGAAUUGGGAACAAGUGGCUCGAUUGAUGGCUCUCAACGUCUCGUGAUCAAAGGACGAUUCCAACAAAAACAAAUUGAAAAUGUGCUGCGUCGAUAUAUAGUUGAAUAUGUCACAUGCAAAACAUGUAAAUCACCUGAUACUAUAUUAACAAAAGAAAAUCGUAUCUUCUUUAUGCAAUGCGAGAGUUGUGGGUCUACUCGUUCUGUCUCGGCUAUUAAGUCCG